AUGUGGAAGCUACUAGUUUCUCGUUCCAUAAUAACCACUCCCAAGCCUUCUUCAUUGAGUAAACCAGAUCCUUCUCGGCCUGUACGGGGAACCCACGAUCGUUUUGGUGAAGAAAAUGUUCGAUAUAAAUUUAUCCAACAAACUGCUGCGUCCGUAGCAGAAUUGUAUUGCUUUGAACAUUUUACAACACCGAUAUUGGAAUUUUCACAUGUAUUCGAGAGAACGCUAGGAAAUGAUUCGGAUAUUGUUGGUAAAGAGCUGUAUAACUUUACUGACAAAGGAGGAGAUCAUUUGACUCUGAGACCUGAAGGGACGGCUGGAAUUGUUCGUGCUUUACUAAGUAAUAGAUUGCAAUACUUCUUACCACAAAGAUUAUAUUAUUAUGGCCCAAUGUUUCGUCACGAGAGACCUCAGAAAGGAAGACUAAGACAGUUUGAACAAUUUGGAGUCGAGAUGUUUGGUCAUAAUAAUUUCGCAUCAGAUGCCGAGAUUAUUGAUAUAGCAUGGACAUUCUUGAACAAGAUAGGAAUAGGAAACCGAAUAGAGCUAGAAAUAAAUUCACUUGGUGACUAUGUCUCGAGGAAUCAAUAUCGAGACGUUAUUCGCAGCUAUUUCCAGAAACACGUUGAGCGUUUAUCUGAUGAUAGCCAACGACGAGUCGAAACAAACCCAUUACGCAUCCUUGAUUCUAAAAAACCAGAAGAUGCCUCGAUAAUUGCUUCAUGUCCAAUAAUCUCCGACUAUUAUACUUCAGAAUCGUUUUCGAGAUUUCAGAACGUCUGUAGAAUGCUAGAUCAAUUAGAUAUUCCUUACAAAGUCAACCCUCGAUUAGUUAGAGGACUUGACUAUUACGAGGAAACUAUCUUUGAAUUUAAAUGUAAAGAUAAGAGUCUAGGGACCACACAGGACACCAUACUUGCUGGCGGGCGUUACGAUGGUUUGGUUAAACGUAUGGGUGGGAAGGAGGAAAUUCCGGCUGUUGGAUGGGCCGCAGGUAUAGACAGGCUAGCACUGUUAGUCACUCCUUCUCUGCUCCCAUUGCCUGAGCGUCAUGUUGCAGUGAUAACGAUACCCGACAAAUCCAACUCUCCUUCCGUAUCUUCUGAGUUCAUGACUGCUGUGCAAAUCUCAAAGUCCUUACGUACAAACGGCAUCAAGACUCUGUUAAAUCAUCCGCGGAAGUCUCGGUUUCCGGCAUUACAAACUGCCAUUGCACAGGCAGUGAAAUCUAAUGCUUCUCACAUUGUUAUUAUCGGAAAGAAUGAAGUUGAAACAGGAUUCGUAUCCGUAAAAGAUCUGGAUCUCAAUACGCAGGUUGAAUGUAAGGCCGAUGAUGUUUGGAGAAUAAUAGAGGGUAGGUCGGCUUGA